CUAAUGAGACAUAUUUCAAUCACUCCAAAGAAAAUUUGCCACCCGGAUCCUCAAGAUUUAAGAUUAAUAAUUCGUGUAUAAGAAAAGCCAAGAGGCUCCCCUUCAAGGACGUAAGAUAGAUAAAACUUUUCCAUGACGCUGUGUAAGGGCAACUAAUCAUUAAACAAAAAUCUAUGUGUCCCGAAAGAUAAAGUUCGGAAUCUUUUCUUUUCACUCUGGAACCAUGGGAAAGGAAGUAGAAAGACAGGCAUGGAGUAACAAGGUAGAGUUCUUUCUGUCCUGUGUGGGAUAUGCUGUGGGCUUGGGAAAUGUGUGGAGAUUUCCUUACAAAUGUUACAGGAAUGGAGGAGGUGCAUUUCUUAUUCCAUAUAUUCUUAUGUUGGCAUUAGUUGGUUUACCAUGUUUCUUCCUCGAACUUGCGUUUGGACAGUUUGCAUCAUUAGGACCAUUUACGAUAUGGAGAGCUAGCCCCAUAUUCAAAGGAGUUGGUUUUGCCUCCAUUGCGUUAUCUGUACUUGUGAGCAUCUAUUACAAUGUGAUAAUAGCCUACUCCUUAUUCUACAUGCUUGUGACGUUUGUCAGUUUUGAUGGCGAUGUUCCCUGGGCUACUUGCAAUAAUCCAUGGAACACGCAAUUCUGCAUCACAGAAUCUAUCAGAAUUACAGAAGAUAUGAAUGAAACACAGAAACUUAACAUAACUUUAGGUCGUAUGAAUACUACAUGUGUGGAUAACAUUUUAAACAUGGGUGGCAUGAAUUUUACUGACCUGUCCUACAACUUCACACAGACAAAUCUAUCAACAUGCAGCUAUGUCGGACGUUACAAACUGCCCAGUGACGAAUAUUUCAGUCGGUAUGUUUUGAGACUACACGAAGCCACUGAUUUUGGAGACGUAGGGGGCAUCAGUCUGAAGUUGGCAUUAACCUUGCUUCUAGCAUGGAUAUUUGUCUUCUUUGCAUUAAAGAAUGGAGUGAAAUCAUCCGGAAAGAUCAUAUAUUUUACGGCUCUUUUCCCUUACGUUGUGUUGGUAAUCUUGCUAAUAAGAGGACUUACAUUGGAAGGAUACAUGGAAGGAAUAAAAUUCUACGUCAUACCAAAAUGGGAGAAACUGGCAACACCGCAGGUAUGGGUAGAUGCGGCAUCACAAAUCUUUUAUUCGCUUGGACCAGCAUUUGGAAGUUUACUCACCAUGGCAAGUUAUAACCAAUUUAAAAACAACUGUUACAGAGACGCUAUAUUAGUUGCCGUCAUCAAUUGUGCGACCAGUGUAUUUGCUGGUUUUGUGAUUUUUGCUGUGCUCGGAUUCAUGGCUCACGUGACUAACCAAGAAGUUGGCGAUGUAGCAACUGGAGGUCCUGGGCUUGUAUUUAUCGCCUAUCCAGAGGGUAUUGCCAGAAUGCCUUAUCCACCAAUCUGGGCAUUUUUGUUCUUUUUUAUGUUGCUUUCACUAGGAAUGUCAAGUCAGUUUGCAAUGGUGGAAGCCAUCAUAAGUGCUUUAGCUGAUGAAUUCCCUAGUACACUCAGAAAACAUAAAGCAAAACUUUGUGCUGCAGUUUGUCUUGUACUGUUCUUGUGUGGCCUGCCUUUAGUAACAAAUGGUGGUAUUUGGGUUCUUACUUUAAUGGAUGACUACUCCGGCAGUUACUCUUUGUUGUUUGUGUGUAUGAUUGAAUUAAUUGCUAUCACGUGGGUAUACGGUCAUAAUAGAUUCUUAGAAGAUCUUUACAUGAUGCUUGGCUUUAAGGUGAACUAUUACUGGGUUGCAAUGUGGAAGUUUGUUGCUCCUGUUAUAAUUGUGCUAAUAUUGAUUGCAUCUGGUAUACAGUUUUCACCAUCAGGAUAUGGAGACUAUGUCUUUCCAACCUGGGUUCAAGGUGUUGGAUGGGGACUUGUGUCAAUACCAGUUAUUCUGCUGCUUGGAACUAUGCUUAUUCAGCUCAUUAGAUAUGGCGGUUUUCGAAAUGCCUCCAGACCACAGAAAGACUGGGGCCCAGCUCUACCAGAAAACAGAACAGGUCGAUAUGCAGAUUACUUGGAAGUUGUUUAUGAAACAAAAAAAGAACAUAUACAGAAAAACGGAGUCAUUGAAAUGGACAAAAACGAACCAAAUAUUGUAGAACAAAUGAAGAAAAGACGAGAAAGCGCUCAGUAUAAUAAAGGAUACGAAAUGGACGAAAAACCAGUGGCAGAACAAAAUGGACACACCGUGCAAUCUGAAGAUGAUAAAUUGUGAUUUUGUUUUAAUGUAAAGACGAUAUUUUAACUAAAAGCAUACUCUGUACAUUUCAACUGAUAAAAGAUUUGAUGAUAAAUCAAUGUUUAGCGAACAAAACAUGAAUUAACAUAAAUAUUUCUGUAAAAGUCAUAAUUUUAAUGGAUAAUCUAUUUUAAAAGGUUCUUAAAACUUUCAAAACUACGUUAAAAGCCAGACUACAAUUUCAAGAUUAAGACAAAUCACGCUGAUAUUAAAUUGAUUGUAAAACAAAAAAUUUAACUCACAAAGUUUUAACCACUUAAUGAAUAAUAAUAGCAUUUAAAAUCAAGAAAUUGGUAACCUAUAAAUGUUUUGUAGAUAGGUAUUUUUAAUAAGAAAGAGUUUUUUUUUCAAAUUUGAAAAUCUUUGGAAGGCUUUAAUAUCAAGUGCGAGAAUAAAGGGAAGAUACCACUGUUAUUUAUUAGCUCUAACUGAAGUUGAGUCUACCCAAUAUACUAUCACGUACUACUUCCGAAGUUCGCCGACGAAUUCCGAAGUUUUACGAAGUCAUAAAUGAAACGAUAUGUGUAAUCAAUGCAAGACUUUAUGAAGUUUUGUUUGAUCUUGGUCCCUUCGGGGUUCUGACCAUGACAGAGCACGGGUACAAUAAUUUAAUCAUUAUGUGUCUUCAAAUUUAGUCUGUAUUUUUCUAUAGGGUUGCUCAUUCUUUUUUAAAUAUGUGUUCUUAUUCCUAGUAUUACAAUGUAUUAUUAUUUCAUAAUGUUUUUGUCUUUUGCUGCGUCCCCUUUAGAUAAUGGUUUCAGAUAACCAUUUGAAGAGGGGUGCUACCAGGGUGUUUAUUUACUAAAUCCUGAUUUUGUUUAUUUUUUCCCAUUUCCCACAUGUUUUCCUUACGUUUCCCUAGAUCCCUUUUUGUUUACCCCUAUAUCAUAAACUCAUCACAUUUCCACCUACUAUAUUCCACAUUCAAAAGCGUUUCAUCCCCCUUUGGUAUCCAAAUGUUUCAUGUACAAUAAACUGUCUAUAAGAUGUAAAUUGUACAGUGUUCUAAGUUGUACUAAGCACUUUCUAGUCAAACAACAUUGGCCAAGUCAAUGACUGCAAUAUUUAAUAUGAUAUGAGCGUCACUGGAUAUGAGUGUCACUGAUGAGUCGUAUGUAGACGAAACGCGCGUCUGGCGUACUAAAAUUGUAAUCCUGUUACCUUUGAUAACUAUUAAAUCUUAAUAAGAUAUUUCAAAACAUUAUUACACACAAAUAUUGUCUUUAUAAUGAAUAUUUACUUUACAACAGAUGCAUUUAAGGAAAAUGUGCAUUGUUUGAUGCUAAAAGAAUAUUUUACGGAUAUUCUAAACACUAGCUGGAAGUAUUUAAGACAAUAUUAGUAGUAAAUUAUUAUAGCAAACACACUGUACUGUACCAGUAAUUUGUUUUAUUUGUUAAUUUUUAAUAAAUAUUUCAUGUUUAUAGAUGACGAUGACAUUAAAGACUGUAUUCAAGAUCUGGUUCCAUAGAAAAUGAUUAUAUUACCAAAAAAUUAUAAAAUUAAUGGGUGCAAUAUUAUAUGCACUCUUUUGUUGCAAAUAAAUAUCAAAAUUUAAAGAA